AGACUGCAGUAUUCAAUACUGCGAUGAAUCACAACUCCCGAAGUCUGUUAUUAUGGGAGAAAAAACUGAAACAGAGAAAAGUGCGAAAGAAGACGACUGUCCGACAGAUUCUGAGCAAAAGUUAUCGCAAAUCGAUAGAACCGUUUCGUCGACACAUAUCGAGGCCAUGAAUACGCUGUUUGACUGCACUGAAGACGACUCAGAGGGCGCACAAUACUAUGAUUUGCUGCUAAAUCCGGAAAGAUUUACAGGCUAUAGUGGGGAGACGUGUGACCGUAUCUGGAGAUCAAUAUACGAAGAGAAUUGUUUCCUUCAGAAGCAAAGCAAUCCGUUUUCAUUAGACGCGUUCUGUUAUGAGGAGCGCAUCUUUUACAGAGCGAUCUCUGGAUUGCAUUCCUCUAUUAAUAUACAUCUCUCGGCCAUAUAUCACAUGAUUGACGGAUCCUUUACUCACAACACCAAAGAGUUCGCCAAACCGACUAUUUAAAGAAUUUAUAUUUUGUAUAUUUAUUGGAAUUACGGGCUCUCCAUAAGAGUGAACCCUAUUUGCUAAACAAAGUCAAUUGGCAGUCA